GCAUUCCAACAAAAUCCCCAUUUCCCAUUUUCUCUCUCUUCUUCUUCUCCUUCUCCUUCUCCGUCUCCUUCUUCUUCUUCUCGUCACUCUUCACCUUCUUCCUUUAGGGUUUCUGGGACUUAUACACUAUCACUCUCACAACUUUCUUAAUUUCUCGAUUUGCGCCUAAUUAUCCCAAUCCAUGAUCCCAAUCUAACAUCUUUUUCAACUCGCAUUCUCCUUCAGAGUUUGCUUUGCUUAGUCUUCUUUUUUUUUUCUUCUUCUGUAGCUGCCAUAACUCGGAUAGUAUCAUAGAUUAUUAGCAGGAUUAAUUCAUGGCCAAGACUAAACCUGGGAAGAAAGAUCUUGAUUCAUACACCAUCAAAGGCACCAACAAAAUUGUUCGACAUGGUGACUGUGUGUUAAUGCGACCGUCGGACUCUGAUAAGCCUCCAUACGUUGCUCGAGUUGAAAAAAUUGAAGCUGAUCAUCGGAACAAUGUGAAGGUUCGAGUUCGGUGGUAUUAUCGACCCGAAGAAUCAAUUGGAGGUCGGAGGCAGUUUCAUGGGGCAAAGGAGCUUUUUCUCUCCGACCAUUUUGAUGUUCAGAGUGCUCACACGAUAGAGGGCAAAUGCACGGUGCACACUUUUAAAAAUUAUACCAAACUUGAGAAUGUUGGUGCGGAGGAUUACUUUUGCAGAUUCGAGUACAAGGCUGCCACUGGCGGAUUCACACCAGACCGUGUAGCUGUGUACUGUAAAUGUGAGAUGCCAUACAACCCCGAUGACCUUAUGGUUCAGUGUGAGGGAUGCAAAGAUUGGUUUCAUCCAUCAUGCAUGGGAAUGACCAUUGAAGAAGCGAAGAAGUUGGAUCAUUUUUUGUGUUCAGAUUGUUCCUCCGAAAAUGAAGCAAAGAGGUCCUUGAAUGCAUUUCCAGUAUCACCUUCUGCUGAGGCUAAGGUGGAGCCAAAGCGCAGGAAGAGAUGAUGGGCCGAUCAGGAUUCAUGGAAGUGACAAGGAGGUGCGAUUUCCUGGGCCUUUAGUUUCUGUUAAUGUUGAUGUGGAAAUGUACAGCGAAGAUAAGAUAUUGUGCUCGCACAAACCAGAGGUUUUUCUUUCUUAAAAAAACUACAGUGUUCAAAAUACAUUUACGUGUGCUAAACCUGUGGGGUCAAUAUUGUGAUCUCAGAUCUGUGUUUGUAGUCGUGGGUACACGAUGCAAAAACUGCAGUUAUUUUUCUUAAGCGCGUAACUUAAGAAAACAUUUGCACGGAAAUAGAAAGACUAGGACAGAAGUGUGGAAAUGUUGUAAUUUGCUUGGCUCUGGCUUUUUUUAAGAUUGUAUUGAACUGUUCCGAGCCCCCCCUUUUAUUAUGACGUUUUUUAGUUUCUCUUUUUCGGGAACAAUGAUGGGUUGUUUGGAGUGAGCUGGUUUACUGAUGGCAUCUUUUACGGCUGCAUCAACCCAAGAAAGAAUGUUAGAUUGUUGCUAUCUUUCUUAUUGCAGGUGGAUUUUGUACUGUGGAUGCAAUGGUUGGAUCUGAAAGCAGGAGAGUAUGGAGGUUGGUUCAUCCAUGGAAGCUAUAAUAUUAGAGUGCACCAAAGCUUCUUCCUUUUUUAUCACAAUUUUCCUUUAAAUAGACACUCUUCUGCUUACAUGAAGCAUUUUCUAGGUAAAAUGAUGCAUUGGACAGAAUUGAUUUUGUUGACUUCCACUUCCAGGCAAUUGCAGCCAUUAUAUAGCCAUUGAGCUCUGAAAUUCCUCACCAACUUCGAAAGCAAACAUGGGGGAUAAACUUAUAGAACUUCCCCAUUUUUCUAUUUAUGAUCUCUCAUCUCAAUUCCUAUCAUCUAAAGGAAUUUGGUGAAUGUUUGGGUAAGAAUGUGAUGAAUUUUAUUUUGAUCCCUUUGGGCCAAUUUAUAUUUACUCAUGUGCCUUGUAUCUGUGCCCACUUACUCUUUGUAUAGAUCUUUAUUAAUAAUCUUCAGACAA